AGGGUGGGAGCGCCGCGCGGCUCCGCGCUGCGCAUCGCGGCCCGCUUGCCGCCUGCCCCCUGCCCUAGCUGGGCCGCCUCCCCGGGCUGCCGGUGGAGGGCUACGAGGCGCUAACGUUACGCUGUUUCCGGUUUUCUAGCGGGCUCUGUUUCCCCUCCCAAGGCGGCGGCGGCGGAGCGGCGGAGCCCCCCAAAUGGCCUGGCCAGAUGCGGCAGGUUUGCUGCUCAGCGCUGCCGCCGCCGCCACUGGAGAAGGCUCGGUGCAGCAGCUACAGCGACAGCAGCAGCAGCAGCGGCAGCAGCAGCAGCAGCGGCAGCAGCAGCGGCAGCAGCGAGAGGAGCAGCAGCAGCAGCAGCAGCAGCAGCAGCAGCGAGAGCAGCAGCAGGAGCAGCAGCAGCAGCAACAGCAGCAUCUCCCGUCCCGCUGCGCCCCCAGAGCCGCGGCCGCCGCAACAGCCGCAGCCCCGCAGCCCCGCAGCCCGGAGAGCCGCCGCCCGCUCUCGAGCCGCAGCCGCCGGCGGCAUGAGGCGCGACCCGGCCCCCGGCUUCUCCAUGCUGCUCUUCGGUGUGUCGCUCGCCUGCUACUCGCCUAGCCUCAAGUCGGUGCAGGACCAGGCGUAUAAGGCACCCGUGGUGGUGGAGGGCAAGGUACAGGGGUUAGCCCCGGCCGGCGGCUCCAGCUCCAACAGCACCCGAGAGCCGCCUGCCUCGGGUCGGGUGGCGCUGGUAAAGGUGCUGGACAAGUGGCCGCUCCGGAGCGGGGGUCUGCAGCGCGAGCAGGUGAUCAGCGUGGGCUCCUGUGCGCCGCUCGAAAGGAACCAGCGCUACAUCUUUUUCCUGGAGCCCACGGAGCAGCCCUUAGUGUUUAAGACGGCCUUUGCCCCCAUCGACACCAACGGCAAAAACCUCAAGAAAGAGGUGGGCAAGAUCCUGUGCACUGACUGCGCCACCCGGCCCAAGCUGAAGAAGAUGAAGAGCCAGACGGGACAGGUGGGUGAGAAGCAAUCACUGAAGUGUGAGGCAGCAGCGGGCAACCCUCAGCCCUCCUAUCGCUGGUUCAAGGAUGGCAAGGAGCUCAACCGCAGCCGUGACAUUCGCAUCAAGUACGGCAACGGCAGAAAGAACUCACGACUACAGUUCAACAAGGUGAAGGUGGAGGACGCUGGGGAGUAUGUCUGCGAGGCUGAGAACAUCCUGGGGAAGGACACGGUCCGGGGCCGGCUCCAUGUCAACAGCGUGAGUACCACUCUAUCAUCAUGGUCGGGGCAUGCCCGGAAGUGCAACGAGACGGCCAAAUCCUAUUGUGUCAAUGGAGGCGUCUGCUACUACAUCGAGGGCAUCAACCAGCUCUCCUGCAAAUGUCCAAACGGAUUCUUCGGACAGAGAUGUUUGGAGAAACUGCCUUUGCGAUUGUACAUGCCAGAUCCUAAGCAAAGUGCCCUGUGGGAUACACCGGGGACAGGUGUCAGCAGUUCGCAAUGGUCAACUUCUCCAGCUGGCUGCUGGUGUCUGAAGAAUCCUGACCAACGUUUCUCUCUCUCUCUCUCUCUCUCUCUCCUGCCCUCCCCGCUCCCCGAUCUCUCUCUGUAUCUCUCCCUCCAUCCCCUCCCCUCUCUGACCCUGCUCUCUUCUGCACUGCCAGAGCAUCUUGGAUUUGAACUAAAGGAAGCCGAGGAGCUGUACCAGAAGAGGGUCCUGACUAUCACCGGUAUCUGCGUGGCUCUGCUGGUCGUGGGCAUUGUCUGCGUGGUCGCCUACUGCAAGACUAAAAAACAGCGGAAGCAGAUGCACAAUCACCUCCGGCAGAACAUGUGCCCAGCCCACCAGAAUCGGAGCUUGGCCAACGGGCCCAGCCACCCCCGGCUGGACCCUGAGGAGAUCCAGAUGGCAGAUUAUAUCUCCAAGAAUGUGCCAGCCACAGACCAUGUCAUCCGGAGGGAAACGGAGACCACCUUCUCUGGGAGCCACUCCUGUUCUCCUUCUCACCACUGUUCCACAGCCACACCCACCUCCAGCCACAGGCAUGAGAGCCACACGUGGAGCCUGGAACGUUCUGAAAGCCUGACCUCUGACUCCCAGUCGGGCAUCAUGCUGUCAUCAGUGGGCACCAGCAAGUGCAACAGCCCAGCGUGUGUGGAGGCCCGGGCACGGCGGGCAGCGGCCUACAGCCUGGAGGAGCGGCGCAGGGCUGCCGUGCCACCUUACCACGACUCCGUAGACUCUCUGCGUGACUCCCCACAUAGCGAGAGGUACGUGUCGGCACUGACCACGCCCGCGCGCCUUUCUCCAGUGGACUUCCACUACUCGCUGGCCACGCAGGUGCCGACUUUUGAGAUCACGUCCCCCAACUCCGCUCACGCAGUGUCGCUGCCGCCGGCCGCACCCAUCAGCUACCGCCUGGCGGAGCAGCAGCCGCUUCUGCGGCAGCCGGCGCCCCCUGGCCCCGGGCCGGGACCCGGCGCGGACAUGCAGCGCAGCUACGACAGCUACUACUACCCCGCGGCGGGGCCCGGGCCGCGGCGCGGAGCCUGCGCGCUGGGCGGCAGCCUGGGCAGCCUGCCCGCCAGCCCCUUCCGCAUCCCGGAGGACGACGAGUACGAGACCACGCAGGAGUGCGCGCCCCCUCCCCCACCGCGGCCGCGCGCCCGCGGCGCGUCCCGCAGGACGUCGGCGGGGCCCCGGCGCUGGCGCCGCUCGCGCCUCAAUGGGCUGGCGGCGCAGCGCGCACGCGCGGCGCGGGACUCGCUGUCGCUGAGCAGCGGCUCGGGUGGCGGCUCGGCCUCAGGCUCGGACGACGACGCGGACGGGGCGCUGGCGGCCGAGAGUACGCCUUUCCUCGGCCUGCGCGCGGCGCACGAUGCGCUGCGCUCGGACUCGCCGCCGCUGUGCCCGGCGGCCGACAGCAGGACUUACUACUCCCUGGACAGCCACAGCACGCGGGCCAGCAGCAGACACAGCCGCGGGCCCCCCCCGCGGGGCAAGCAGGACUCGGCGCCCCUCUAGGGGCCCCCGCCGCCCCGCCGCCCCCCUCCGCCUCGCCUGCCCCACUGUCUUUACGGAGAACAGAGACCACCGCCUGGAGAGAGAAAGGAGGAAAAAAAGAAAUAAAAAUAUUUUUAUUUUCUAUAAAAGGAAAAAGGUAUAACAAAAUGUUUUAUUUUCAUUUUAGCAAAAAUUGUCUUAUAAUACUAGCUAACGGCAAAGACGUUUUUAUAGGGAAACUAUUUAUAUGUAACAUCCUGAUUUACAGCUUCGGAAAAAAAAAAAGAAACAACAAAAAAAAAGAGAGAUGGGCCAAUUUUUUGACUCUUUAAUAGAAACCUAUAUUGUGGUGCCUUUUGCUGUACGCUAAUCUGGAGCUCCUGGAGAGAAGUCUGGGUUGUGGGGUGGGGUGGGGUGGGGCUGAGGGGACUGUAGGAUCCCCAGCUGGCAGGGGUGAGAGGAAGCCGGCAAAGACAAGACUGCUGGGUGCUAGUGGGGGCAAGGGUGGGGGCUGGGAGGGGAUCCGCCCUGAGGAAGGAAAUGAGGACAGGAGUAGCUUUGCCCUCAGGCAAGAUCUUCAGGCCCCCCGACACCCUGAGGAGAAGGCGAGGAGAAGGUGGGGAUCCUAGGCUUGGAGCUAGAGUUGGGGUCAGGUAACUUUUGGAGGGGGAGACUUGAGGCCCAGCGACAGCAACCAGAAUGGGGAGGGGGCCACCCUGCUCCUCAUAGCUGCUAAGGGAGGGGGCACUAAGAGGUCUUCCCAACCGCACCGGCCCCAGGGAGGGGGCAGCUCUGCCAGGGCCCCAAAGUUCCAGCUCCUCCUCCCCUGUGGCCUCCAGGAUGCCCUUCCGUCCUCUGCAGCACCUUCGUUUACAGGUUGUCUUUUCUAUUUUAUGCCUGCAUGUCCUUUGCAUUUCAGAUUCUUUAGAUUGGAUGCAUGGUCACGCUGGGACCGAGAAGAGCCACUCCACAGUGUAUUUGAUUCCCCUUUUAGCAAUAAAGUAACACCAUUUCCUUCCAGACCCCAAGCCACCUACGAAUUCCACUCCCUCCCCACCCCGCAAAACUGGGUCCACUGCUAAUUUGUCAAAAGGUAAUUGUUUAAACAAACAAACCAACAAAUGAGAACCCUGCCCUGAAAUGUCCAAACACCUGACUGUUGACACUUGAACAUUUUUAUAUUAUAAAUAAAAUCAGAAAUAACUCA